AUGCAGCCUUCUUAAGAAAAAUUGAUUGUUGAAUUUAUGAGUUUAACAGAAUGUCAAGAUGAAUAAAAAGCCUUAUAAUAUCUUUAGAUGAGUAACAAUAAUUUAGAAGUUAAUUAUAUGAAUUUAUCUUUAGAAUGCAGCCCAACUUUAUUUUGAUUUGGAAGGUUAUCAACCAAAUUUGAAAUCUUAAUCAAGUUUUUCCUCACAACAGUCAUAAUAAUAAUAAUAUUAGAAUCAAAAUUAAUAGAUAUCCUAAUAAGAUGUUAAAGAUGGUAUUGAUAUUCUUAGAUAUAGUAAAUACAAUGAUUUUCAAUCAAAAUAAUCCACCUCCUGAAUUAAUACGUUAGUAAUCAGCCCCAGAUGUAGAUUUAGUUGAGAAAUAUAAAAAAUAUUAAUAGAAUAAGAGAGCUAAUGAUGAUGGCAUUCUGAAAAAAACUUUAAAGUUAGGUUUGAAUGCAUUAAAAUAUAUAUGUAUUUAGAAUAUUCUUAUAUUUAAGUUAAACGAGGGCCAAAUCAUGGUAUAGACUUCUAGAGAUAUCUUUAAUAAUAAUAGAUUUAAACAACUAUUAAUUUUUAAAUGGGUAACUUUAGUGAUAACUUAAAGAAUGCUUAUGAAGAGAUAAAACCUUUAUUAGUAUAUAUACAUAAUUAAGAAUCUUUAUUAAUAUUUUAAAAAAUGAUAAGUUGUCAGACUUUAGUUUAGAUGCUAAAUAAACAUUAUAGAAUUGUUGGGUUUCUGGAAAAUCCUCAAGUAUAUGAAUAAUUACCAUUAAAACCUUAACCUCCCACCUUUUUAAUCUUCAGAUUAGAUUUAACUGAGUAAAAUGUAUUAAUGGAUACAAUAAAUUUGACAUUUGAAACCAAUUAUGAAGAUUUAGCUGGAAAAUUAAAAUUAUUAAAAGGCUAAUUUAAUAAACAGCUUAUUCUGGAGGAUUAAGCUAAAAAUUAAGUUGAUGUUCAACUAUAAUAUUUACCAAAUUAUAAUGGAUAAUAAUAUUAGAGACAAUAAUAAUAAAAUGAAAGAAGAUAGUUAGAUAAAUAGCAAAGGGAAAGAGAAUUAUUAAUUUAGUAAUAAUAAGAAGCUUAUAGGAUUGCAGAGUAAUAAGUUUAAGAAAAAAGAAGAAAAGAAUAAGAAUUAAUGUAAAAUGAAUAGAAUAAAUUAUUUGAAUAACAAUAAUUAAGUGUAUUAAAUCAACUAAUUAUAGGAAUAAAGACUAUUAUAAAAAGCUACAAUGUUAUCAAACUUACCAGAUGAACCAUAAGGUGAAGAUGGAAUUGAAAUUCUAUUUAGAUUUUUAAAUGCAAAAAGAACUAGAAGAUUUAAUUUAAAUGAUAAAAUAUAGGUAUUGGUCAUUUUUAUUUAUUUUAGUCAAUUUUUGAUUUUGUAUAAAGUUAAGAAGAUGAUUGUUUUAAUGAUCCUAAUUCAAAUAUAGAUCUAAUUUAGAAUUUCCCAAGAUUGGCAUUAAAAGACAAAAAAGAAUUAACUAUAAGUGAUGUAUUUACAGACUCAAAUAUGGUUUAAUUAAUUGUAGAAGAAUAUGAAUGA